CGUACAAGUAAGUGAGUGGUUGGGAAGGAAUAUAAAUUUCAUGUCUCCCCAAUUGUCCAACUUGAGUCUGUUCCUCUCGACAUCAGCACUGGACAGCCUACGCACUGAGAUUAAGAACCUUCAUUCUACUUACAACGAAACGUACCAGUUAAUCAUGGCUCUCCCUGUAGUUAUGCCUCACGAUCCUCGACCCAGACUGGAGGAUCAAACUGAUAUGAUUCUCCAAACGGCAGUGGGCUUUAUUCCCAACAAAUUUACUGAGCCAAUCAAGCAAAAUCUUUUGAUCAAUACAAUAGAGCUUCCGGAGAACGACAGCAGCACUGCUUCCACGCCAGCAGACAUCGUUACGGACCCCCCUUCUGUGGAUGGCUCGCUUCAACUCGAUCAUGUUGCUGCUAGCAUCAUCGAGCCGUCUUCUGGAGCUAAGAAGCUCCGUAAGAUGUUACUCGAGACUAACGAGCUGAUCGUUUGCCCUGGGGUUUAUGAUGGGCUUUCCGCACGUACGGCGAUGGAGCUUGGUUUCAAUGCACUAUAUAUGACAGGAGCAGGGACUACGGCUUCACGUAUUGGGCAACCAGACCUGGCAAUUGCUCAGUUGCAUGAAAUGAGAGAGAACGCUGAGAUGAUUGCUAACCUUGACCCUUUUGGUCCACCUUUGAUCGCCGACAUGGAUACAGGCUACGGUGGCCCCAUCAUGGCUGCUCGCACCGUGGAGCAAUACAUUCGCGCCGGCGUGGCGGGUGCCCAUUUGGAAGAUCAAGUACUUACUAAGCGCUGCGGCCAUCUCAGUGGCAAGAAGGUUGUGCCACAUGACGAAUACAUAUCGCGUAUUAGAGCUGCACAUGCAGCGCGUGUGCGAAUGCAAUCUGAUUUCGUACUGAUCGCAAGAACCGAUGCUCUUCAGGCCCUUGGGUACGAUGAGUGCAUAUCUCGACUUCGGGCAGCCCGAGAAGAGGGCGCAGAUGUUGGGCUUCUAGAAGGAUUCACCUCUAAAGCUCAAGCAGCACAAGCUGUGAAGGACCUGGCACCGUGGCCGCUAUUGCUAAAUUCGGUUGAGAAUGGAAAAAGCCCUGUUAUCACCGUUGGUGAAGCUCGUGAAAUGGGAUUCCGCAUUAUGAUCUUCAGCUUUGCUACGUUGGCGCCCGCGUACGUGGCUAUACGCGAAACCCUAACCCGGCUAAAGAAUGAGGGUGUAGUCGGUACACCUAAACACAUCACGCCCUUGAAACUUUUUGAAGUAUGUGGGCUGCAGCACAGCAUGGCCGUGGAUAAGGGUGCCGGAGGCAUGUCGUUUGCAGAUGGGCUGUAAAGCGAGCCAUAUGGUGUCGGCUCUAAUAUAUUCACCAAUCCUUGAGUUAAUCCGGUGUUGUUUUGUCUGCGUUUUAGUACAUACUUUACUAGACAAGUAACUGUCUCUUUGGAAUAAAUAGACCUUUACCGUACUAAUUUACUUCUUGCUCUCUUGACAUGGGCGCGACGAUUCAGAAUAGGGCGAUAUUCCCGAACAAUGUUAUGCAGCUUAGUAACUGACGAAUCUUGUCAAUGGGGGCUCUUUUGGUAACCCUAGAAUC